ACUGAGCAUCCAUCGUGAUUAGAAAGUACUCCACACCUUGGAGAGCAGUGGAGACAUAGGAAUAAUUUGAAAUGCAAAUGAAAUUGAGGGGGUAGUAGAGAGAACGUAUAAAAGACAGUAAGACAAAACCUUUCAAUUCUCUUAAAUUAGCAGACUAAUGUGUUCCAGAAAGCAGCGUCGCUCAGCUCUGUAUUCCGAGGUUACAUUUCAUCAGAAUAUAAAACGGGCAAAUCCAUCACUUUUCUUUACUCAGGCUUUGGAAUCGAGAUUGAAGUGACAAUUAGAAGCUGCUUGCUUGGGUUCACAGGCUUGAAUGUAUUGCAUGGCUUUAUCUCAUGCCAUUCAACGUGGUGGAGAGAUAUCAGUGAUCUCGGAACUCAUCUGAUCAUUUUCUUUCAAAAAAGAGAAGUGUUGAAUUUGUAACAUCAAGGAUGGAUUAUCCAAAGAUGGACUACUUUCUGGAUGUUGAGUCUGCUCACAGACUGUUUUACAGUCAAGGAGCUCAAGCACGCCGGGCGACCCUGCUCCUUCCUCCCACAUUAAUGGCGACAUCAUCUGAAGAGGACAUAGACCGGCGGCCCAUCCGGAGAGUCCGCUCCAAAAGCGACACCCCCUACCUCGCCGAAGCCAGGAUAUCCUUCAACCUAGGGGCAGCUGAGGAAGUGGAGAGGCUGGCGGCGAUGCACUCCCUGGUACCAGGUACCCACACCCCUCCCAUUAGGAGAAAAAGCAAAUUUGCCAACCUGGGAAGGAUCUUCAAGCCUUGGAAAUGGAGGAAGAAGAAAAGUGAAAAGUUCAAUCACACGUCCACAGCUCUGGAAAGAAAAAUAUCAAUGAGGCAAAGUCGAGAGGAGCUUAUAAAACGAGGUGUCCUGAAGGAAAUCUAUGAUAAAGACGGGGAACUGUCCGGAUUGAGUGGAGAAGGAUCACUGGAGAACGGACAGGCCUUGAGCACGAGCCAGCUCUCGCUCCCAGCCCUGUCAGAGAUGGAGCCAGUUCCGAUGCCCAGGGAUCCCUGUUCCUACGAGGUGCUCCAACCCUCGGACAUCAUGGAUGGGGCAGUGUCUGAAGAAAGCCCCUCAGCUAAUGAACCUGGAGCCCUCCUGUCCCAAGAUCCUUCAGCCAAACCAGUCCUGCUACUUCCCCCCAAAAAACCAGUUGCUUGCCCCAGAGACCAUGACGACAACUCAGUUGAGCUGCUGUCCCUUUUCAAGCAGCCCCCUGCCCUGCCUCCUAAACUCAUUACCAGGAUUCCCAAUCAUUUGACUGAUCCCAGUGCCCCCGUGAAACUGCCCUGUCUGCCUGUGAAACUGUCGCCUCCGCUACCGCCAAAGAAAGUCAUGAUUUGCAUGCCAUUAGGAGGGCCUGACCUCUCUCUGGCUUCAUACGCACAGCCGAAGAGUAUCCAGCAGCCUUUGAGUCAGCAGCAUCAUCACACUGUCCUGCCAUCCCAGUUACAGCACCAGCUUCAGUACGGCAGCCUCGGCCAUCACCACCCCUCAGCCUCCGGCUCCCUCCCCAUGCACCCCUCCGGGUGCCGGAUGAUCGAUGAGUUGAAUAAGACCCUGGCGAUGACCAUGCAGAGGCUGGAAAGUUCUGACCAGCGGGGUCCCUGUCCCUCUUAUCAUAGUUCUGGUUUGCACUCAAGUGAUGGUGUCACAAAAACAGGGCCCGUGGGCUUGCCAGACCUAAGACAAGUGCCAACUGUUGUGAUCGAAUGUGAUGACAAUAAAGAAAAUGUGCCUCAUGAAUCAGACUAUGAAGACUCUUCUUGCCUGUAUACCCAAGAAGAGGAGGAUGAAGAUGAAGACGAAGAUGAUGACGGCUCUAUAUAUACCAGCUCUCUGGCCAUGAGGGUGUGCAGAAAGGAUUCCUUAGCCAUCAAGCUCAGCAACAGGCCCUCUAAGCGGGAGUUGGAGGAAAAGAACAUUCUCCCCAGGCAGACUGACGAGGAGAGGCUGGAGCUGAGGCAGCAAAUCGGGACAAAACUCACCAGGCGCCUGAGCCAGAGACCAACUGCUGAGGAAUUGGAACAAAGGAAUAUUUUGAAACCACGCAAUGAGCAAGAGGAACAAGAGGAGAAACGGGAGAUCAGGAGGAGGCUAACCCGCAAGCUGAGUCAAAGACCCACGGUGGAAGAGCUGCGGGAAAGGAAGAUCCUGAUCCGCUUCAGCGACUACGUCGAAGUGGCAGACGCUCAGGACUACGACCGGAGGGCGGAUAAGCCCUGGACGAGACUCACCGCCGCCGACAAAGCAGCCAUUCGGAAGGAGCUCAAUGAAUUUAAAAGCACUGAAAUGGAAGUUCAUGAAUUAAGUAGGCAUCUAACAAGGUUUCACCGCCCUUAGCAGUCAGACUCCAGCCGAAUACGAUGCUGUCUUCAGAACAUAAAUUGAAAAGAACCAUAAGUGCUGGUAUGAUUCACUCCCUGUUACAUUGUAAAUCUUCUGAACCGCCUUGUUUUAAAAGAGAGAGAAAGGAAGCCAAGGAGCAUGGUAUCUCGGUGAGGGGUGGAAAGGAAACAAUGCUCCAUGGCCAGAGCUGCGACCACAACUUCUGACAUUGAGAGACGCCUCCUGGGCAGGGCUGAGGGCAUCAGCUGGCGUCCUCGUUUUCAGACUCGCUGGCAUGUGGAUCUGACCCAUUUUGUCUAAGUCCAGCUGGUCCUGCAUCCAUUCCAUCAUCAGCCACCCUCAUCCUCAGGGUGCUGAUCCCUCUGCUCCACAGACAUCUGAGGCAAUGGCUCUGGCCAUGAUUGUGUCAAGUCAGAGUCCUGACUGGCUUCCUGUGCCCACCCACCAGCACUUCAACCGAAAGGACUGAGAGAGAUGCUAAGGAGGGAGGGCUGUUGCUUUGCAUUUCCCCUACCUCCCUGCUACUCCCCCGCUAAACCCUAGAGGGAAAGCCCUGGCCCUCAGCAGUGCUGGAAGCCCCGACUGCCACCCUUUGGCUUUGUAAGAGACGGGUGUGGUGCCUUGGCAGUGAAAUGAUAACACCGAUUGGCUGCUAGGAGCAGCAGAACCAAAGCUGAGCAGAGUGGCUUUCAUCUUAAUUUCUAAAACACAAAAUGAUCAGCCCCAAAUACAGGAGGAUAAUGAUGGAGUGAUCUAGCAUUGUAAAGGAAAGUGGGGAUUAUGGGCAUUAGCACAUUACUUCCUAACGGAGAGGGAGGGAACUUUUCUUGUCCAUUCUUAAUCUUCUCUCUCAGCUCCAGGGUGCCGCUUCACAGUCUUUUUUGUCAGAGAAGGUGAUGCCUUCCGAACCUGACUUAAGCGUAAAAACAGAACCAGGAAAUUCAGCCCAACAGGGUCAGUCUUUAGCUAAGGAACUUCCCAUUCACUUAGCUUUUGCUUUGGGCCCGAGCCCCCCCUUUCUGAAGGCUGAAGUGAAUCGAGGUGUGGUGGCCAUCCUCUCACUCAUGUGGGGAAGAAAUCCAUCUGCUGCCCUGCACCGCUAGGUGAGUCAGUAAUCCUAGAAAGGCAAAUACCAGCCAAAUUUCCCUGGCAGCUCUUGGGCCUGAUGAUCGAACAGUGCAUAGUCCUCAAAAGGAAGAGGAGUGAAUGCCUUCUCAGGCCCUGCGUUGGGGACAGAAAGAAGUUACUCUGGGAGUAGGAAUAAGGAAGAAGCCGCUUCCUUCCCCAGGCACGUUACCUAUCAGAAGCUGAUGCAUGUGUUCCCUUGAUGCUACAAGGCCGCUGGGAUCAUUUUCAGGGCUGAGUAUUUAUUGGCAGGAAUCCUAGCAAGAGAAGGAGCAAGCAGCACUAA